UCCGCCACCAACGGAGGUCCCGAGCGGGCCCCUGUCCCGCCAUGAAGUUUCGAGCCAAGAUCGUGGACGCGGCCUGUCUGAACCACUUCACGCGAGUCAGUAACAUGAUAGCCAAGCUUGCCAAAACCUGCACUCUCCGCAUCAGCCCCUAUAAGCUGAAUUUCAUCCUCUCGGACAAGUUGGCCAGUGGAGGGGUGAGCAUGUGGUGUGAGCUGGAGCAGGAGAACUUUUUCAGCGAAUUUCAAAUGGAAGGUAUCUCCGCAGCUAACAAUGAGAUAUAUUUAGAGCUAACAUCGGAGAAUUUAUCUCGAGCCUUGAAAACUGCCCAGAAUGCCAGAGCCUUGAAAAUAAAGCUGACUAAUAAACACUAUCCCUGUCUCACAGUCUCUAUAGAGCUGUUAUCUGUGUCGAGCAGUAGUCGCAUCGUGACACACGACAUUCCCGUAAAGGUUAUUCCUAGAAGAUUAUGGAAGGAUUUGCAAGAACCUACAGUCCCAGACUCUGAUGUUAGUAUUUAUUUACCAGUCUUGAAGACCAUGAAGAGCGUUGUGGAAAAAAUGAAAAACAUCAGCAAUCAUCUUAUUAUUGAAGCAAACCUAAAUGGAGAAUUGAACUUGAAAAUAGAAACUGAACUAGUGUGUGUUACAACUCAUUUUAAAGAUCUUGGAAAUCCUCCAUUAGCCUCUGAAAAUGCUUCCCAAGCUAGAAACCCAGAACAAAUGGCUGAAGUGCACAUAGACAUUAGGAAGCUCCUGCAGUUUCUUGCUGGACAACAAGCAAAUCCUACAAAGGCCGUAUGCAAUAUUGUGAAUAACAAGAUUGUGCAUUUUGAUUUGCUGCAUGAAGAUGUUUCCCUGCAGUAUUUCAUCCCUGCGUUGUCAUAGCACCACUUUCUGGAUUUGGGAGCUCAGGGACCUUGGUCAUGACGGGAGAGGCAGGAGGGUGACGUGUUCUAAGUCACUUGUCUGUGUCCUUACAGCACAAAUCCUACACAUUUUACUUAUUUUUCCCUCUAUAAUAUUUUAACUAAAAAUUGAGUUAAUGAAACACAUGUAAACAUAUUGGAUAAACAUAUUACUUCAUGUUACUUCAUUGUUCUCAUGUCUGUUUUGUUUUGCUUUUAAGACAUUGAAAAGAGAAGAAAGAAUUUAUCCAGACUUGAAAUAGCACUUUCUUAUUAAAGUUGUGAAAAUCCUCCUGUAUUUAGAAUUGAUGUAGUAGUCAAAAUUUGUAAAAGUUUGUUGAGCACUUUUUUCCCCAAGGCCCUAUCUCCAACUCGGUGUAUUGUAGUGGAUAGUCAGUUUUUGCAGACACAGACCUGAGAACUUAGGUUUCCCUGUGCUUACCUCACCUGGCUCCGUCCCUUGGAGCCUGAUAAGACAAGGACAGCCCUUCUGCCACCUCGGUUGCUGAGAGCGUCGUGGGGUGUCCUCUGCAGCUUGUGGAGCCUUAUUGUGAUGCCCUUGAAGACGAGAGCUCCCCCUUCGGCGCAGCCAACCCAGCUCCCAGCAUCUCCCUGAGGCUGGUGUUGGUCCCAGAUUGUAAUCCCUAUACUUCUUGCUUCCUCAGUGUGUUGGGUCUGUCAUUCUGGAGGGAACACCCAUGUCUUUAGAGGAGGAACAAACAAGACUUCUCAGUUAGUAUCUGUGUUCAGUGAGGGGACCCCAUUCCUGUUGUAUGUCCCAGUUGUUUCGGGUCCUAGUGGAUCUGCUUUCUCAUUCUCCCUGGGGCAUAUUCCAUCAUAUUUCCUGUUAUGAUUGAAUCUCUCAUGUCCUGUGGAGGUGGACAUCAUAAACAUUGUCUUAAUGUCACGUUACAAAGUUGAGAAAUGAGGCAGUUGCUUAGGAUGAGAGGAAGAAAUGAGAAAUCAGCAAAACUGAAAAAUUCUUUUAUGGCUUUUUCCUACUAUUUGGUAAAACCAGUGCAUUGGGAUGACUCUUCUGAUGCUUACUGUUAGUUCAGAUGGGAUAUAAUAUUUUGUUAAACUAACACUAUAAAAUCAGAAUGUCAUUUUAAUUUUGAAGCCUCUCUCCUUUCUUUGGCUUAUAUGAAAAGUAAUUCCCGCUGCCAUGAUAAAAUUUAAAAAUCAUGAUGCACAUCGAAGCAAUACCUGAAAACAGUUUUAUGAAACUUAGAUUUCUGUUAAAGAAAGUCUGUUAGUGACUUACCAAUCUGGAAAAUUGGUUACUUCUGAUUAUUUAAAUGAUGAUUUUUUAAUGUAUAAUGAAAAUAAAAUACUAUUUUGUAGUGUAAGUUUAUAGUAAAGAACAUAUGUCUUCAUCUGCAUUACACAAAAUGCCCUUGGUUUUCUUUUCACAAGACUUUAACAUGCAUAUGUUGGCUUUCUAUUAUUGGGUGGUCCUUAGAAAGACUCCUGGGCAGGACCUGUGCACAUCAGAGCACCUCAGCCAUUCUGAGAUUCUGCAGUGUGGCUUCUUUAUUUGGCAGAGGAGGUUAGGUGACCUGCCCCAGGCCACACAGCCAGUGGCAGGGAUGGGAUUAGAAUCGGUAAUUCUGACCAAUAACCCUUUCCCACGCUCUCCUGCUAAGUGACCAGAAUAACGAAUCCUACUUUUCAAAGUUAGCAUUCACCAAUCAUUUUAUGAAUCUGGAAAGAGUGUCUUAGUUUUAAAUCUACUUGUAGUAAAGUAGGUUUACAUGCAAUUUUUAAAACUUGAAACCAGAUGUACUUUCCCUCAGGUCUGUAUAGUGUUUAUUUAAGUAAUACCUAAUUUUGAUGACUGUAUGGAUGGUUCAAGAUUUUUCUCUGUGUGGAUGUGGCCAAAGGGGCCUUCCUCAGGAGUCAGGAGCCUGGGUCUGUUUCUUGCUCUCGGCAGGACCGCCUCUGCCUCUCAGAGAGCCUCAAACACACACAGGUGGAUCUUUCCUCCGGUGCCCGAGGGGCUACUAGAAACCACAGAUGUCUGGAAUGGACAGUGCUGCUUUAUCGAAUAGUAUACCAAGGCAAAGUUUUUGUUAGGUUAAGAAAUAGCAAUUUAGUCCAUUUAGAGGAAUGAACAUAAUUUGAAGAAUUAACUUAUUUCACGACCAGCAUCUCAAAGUGUUGAGGUCUUUUUAAAAUAGCUUUCUGGGUUUGGGAGACACACUUUGCUGGCCGUAGUGGUGCAAGAGUCUGCUGUGUGGAGGACUGUCACAGGUGCUGUGCUGAGGCCCGCCUUCCUUCGGGAGCCACGUCAGAAGCUAAGUGUUGGAACCAUCCUGUGCCGGGACAGGGAUCUUUAAGAGUCUCUGAUCCAGCAGCUCAUGACUAACAUCUGUGUGCCCGUCAUCCUCCCUGCAGGGAACUGCUUAACCACAAUGGUCCCAUGGGGGACCCCACUCUUGGGGACCUGGAAUGUGGCCUCAGCAUUAGUCCUGGGUUGGGAUUUUGGCUCUGCUGCAGGCACUGAAGGUGUUUAGUAACAUUCAUGGUGGACGUUGCCAAAUGAGCAGAGCAUCAUUGUGAAGAGCUGCAAUAUUUUUUUUUAAAGAUUGGCACCUGAGCUAACAUCUGUUGCCAAUUUUUUUUUUUUUCCUUCUCUCCAAAGACCCAGUACAGAGUUGUCUGUUCUAGUUGUGAGUGC